UUGGCACAGGCGUUGACUAGAUAUUUCCUUGCGGGCAGAUGUUCUGGCACUCAAAUCCUAGAAAAUGAGAUGCAGCUGGUUGCUGUGCUUCUCCCGAAUCCAUGAUUUACAAAAUACCACGUUUUCGGGAUCUACUCGAUGCUUUCCGCAACGUGCAUGUUCUCACGCAGCACUCUCUUCAGCAUACAGAAUCUGGUGGCACCCCACAAAACACAUCUUUACUCGUUACGCCAACCCCAAUCAACAGACGGCAAACCUUUCCUUACAUCUCGUCGCUCCUAUCCCCCUCUAAUCUUUAGGUUUCUUCGGCCACCCCCACCUCAAAAGCACAACGCCCUUCUUCCCAUGCCUCCUAACUCUCUCUCUCAUCUCUUCCUCCACCUUCUUCCUCGCAUCCCUUCUCUCCUGUUUUCGCAUCUCAAUCGCUACUUCACGUUAGCCCCUCUUCCCCAAGCACCCACUCCCUUAUCUCACUUAGGAAAUAAAUACUCACAACUCUCGCUCCGCCCCCUCAGCCUAUCCCUCCCCUCUUCAAUCGCCUCCCUCACAAACACCCCCAUGUUCGGCCGUCCGUCUUUGUCCCGAAGUUCUCCGGUUCUUGCUUUGGCCAAUGUGUAGACGAGUGCGCCGAUUAAAGAGAUGGCUUUGAUUUUCAAAGCGGUUUUGGUGAAAGGGGGGAGGGAGGUGGAGGACGCGGGUCGGUUGAAGAAGGUUAGGAGGCGGGAGAGGCGGGUUGGAGAUGUCAUUUUUGUGUUGCUGACGUGGAGAAACUUGGAGGUUGCUGGUGGUUUUGGGUUUGAAGUUGGAUGAAAGUUAAGU